AUGGAAUUAAACACUUCAGCUGUUUUGGAUGCCAAGAAGGUUUUGUUUUCUAAACGUAUUGAUGAACACAAUAUGCUGCGGAUACCUUUAAACCCACUGAACCCUCACUUAAUAUGUGGUUUAUGUCAGGGCUACCUGUAUGAAGCAUGUACAAUUACGGAGUGCAUGCAUUCAUUUUGCAAAAAUUGCAUUGUCAAGCACCUGGAAAGAAGUCUGAAUUGUCCUAUGUGUGCUAUUCUUAUCCAUCCAACUGACCCUUUUGUUCACAUAAGGCUUGAUGGCUUAUUACAAGAUAUAGUUUAUGCGCUUCUUCCACAUGUAGAAAAAGAGGAACUUGAAAGAGAAAGAGCAUUUAAUGAAAAACAUAAGCAGAUAGAAGCUCCCAGACGUAUUCAGAGUAAAAGUGUGGUACCAAAGACAAGCACACCAUCCCAAACACCACAAAGCACACCUGUGUCACAUAGAGGAGGAUACAUACCCCCAGUAGCUUUAUGUCUUCAAUGUUUAGA